GACAAUAUUGGAUUAUUCGAACGCCGCUGUUUUGGAUGAAAAGGGGCCAGUAUGUCAUAUUUCAGAGGGCCAUUGGACUGGACCGCACUAGUAACUUUUUCUUCAAGGAAAAAGUGGAUGUGAUCAUAGGUCGUACAUGGCGAUGGUUCCUAGAGAAGACGAGACUACAAAAGCUCUUCGCAAGAAAGAAAAUCGGUAGGACAAAGAUAGAUUCCAAGAAAAAUGAUGAUCUAACUGGUGAUGUAGAGGACAAGGAGCUAUAUGUUGAACGUAUACGACUUGAAACAAUGGAAUUAAGCUUGCAGAACUUAAUUGGCAAGGUCGCAAUUCAAGAGCCUACUUUUGAAGAAGUGAUUGUCUUGUACAGGAGGAAAAGUCCCAAGGGCCAGAAUGAUAGAGCAAUCCAUGUAAAACACUUCAAAAAUAUUCCAAUGGCAGAUAUGGAGUUGGUUCUGCCUGAGAAGAAAAACCCAAGCCUCACACCAAUGGAUUGGGUUCAAUUUAUUGUUUCUGUUGUUAUCAGACUUAAGAAAAGUAAUGCAGGUUUCAACAGAACAUGGCAACCUAUCAAAACCUAAUCACUCAAUCAAUGUAUGACAAACAACUAGAUAGUGGGAAAGGCACUCUCCUGCACCUCUGCGAUGAUGUGAUUCAGCAGGAAGUCAAGGAGGUCAUAAUAGCCUACUAUAUUUUGAUGGAAAAUGGAAUGGCUACCAAUGAUGUAUAUUUUGUUCUUUCAUUAAGCUAUAUUCUGUUUC